AUGGCUGACAAGGCAUGGAAUGAUGUGCCUUCCUCUACGAUAAUGAAUGACUUCAAGAAGUCUGGAUUCAUUAAAGAUCACAAAAGUAGUCAAACAAUCAAUAUCGUUAAUUCUGCUGAUAACUACACCGAAAAUGCUUGGAACAGAUUGACCGGACUAAUGAAAUUUCAUGACUUUGUAAACGUAGAUGAUGCAGUAACAGUGUGUGGUCAGUGGGUUGACAAUGAUAUCAUCGCUCAAACGAAAGCUUCUUGUGAACUAUCAGAAAAAGAGAAUGAGGAAAUCAAAGAUUUACAGCCCAAUGUUACUAACAAACAGGCACUUUCUGGAGUGGACACUGUAAGGAGAUUUAUUGAGAGGCAGUCGAAUAUGUCAGAAGAGACAUUUAAAG